GUCGCGGAGCGCCGCCAUGUCCUUCAAGCGGGAGGGGGAUGACUCGGGCCAGCUGAACGUGCUGCAGAAAAGAAGAGUUGCAGAUCUGCUGGCAAACUACAUCCCGGAGGACGAGGCGCUGCUGCUAAGGAACGGCAGAUACGCCUGCACAGUAUGUUUCCACCGUCCUGUCUUCGACACGCUUGACAUGCUGACGGUCCAUAGGGCCGGCAAGAAACACGUCGCUAGCCUGCAGACGUUCUACGGAAAGAAGCGGUCGCGCGAGAAUGAGGUGCAGAAGUGGCGGCAGCAGGAGUUCCUGCGGGCAGAGGAGGCGGGCACGCAGGAUCUUGCGUGCCCUGCACCCUUGCUGGCUCAGACCAGGAAGAUUGCCCAGAAUGCUUUGCUGAAAGCCUCUCCUUAUAACAGCUGCUGCCGAAGAAACAGGCCCGAUGGCAGCGGCUCAAGCGUUAGUUCUUCUAGGACGGAGCCUGCUGCCCCCGCUGCCUUCGGGAGUGCCAUUGGGAAGCAGUCAGCAGAGCCGGGAAGCUCCAUGGCGAGAGGUGAAGAGGGAUGUGCUGCUGUGGACACCCCCCACUCCACACGGCUUCCUGGACACGCCAGCCCUCGAGCAGACUUGCAGAAGGAACCUGCUGCGAGGAUCAAGAGAAGCAGCAAAAGAAAAUCCUCCUUGUCUGCCCAGCCUGGAGCCAUCAGCCCUGAGAAGCGCCAAGCCCUGGAGCACUAUCUUCUGCUCAGGAGCUCAGGCUGGAUCCAGGACCCUUCCGGCAAGUGGGUGAAAGAUGAGAAUGUGGAGUUCGACUCUGAUGAGGAUGAGCCACCGUCCCUGCCGCCGUCCUGACUUCUCAGCCUCUGCCGGCUAGCGGGAUACCCCCAGGAACCGGGCCCGGUACUGAGCUACGCUGACCAUCUCUUGGGAUGGGGCUGGCAGAGGGGGGCAGGAACAGCCUGUCUGCAUCUUCCUAUCCGGCCCCCAUGGCUUUGAUUUUGGAUAUAAAUCACCAGGGAAGAAGGAUCUUUCCAAACAGUUCCUAGAAACCCGCAUCGCCGCUUCACUGUAUCCACGGACACUGCUGGGGUCACUCACAGUGGGAGCUGCCAUGUCGCCACCGCCACAGGUUCCCAGCACGAGGUCUGCUCUGUCUCUGGGGAUGAGCACAAGGGUGAGAUGCAGCUCUCGGCGGGACACAGAGGAAAGCGGGGUAUGCUGGAGGAAGUCAGUGCUUCGGGCUCAUCUAGCAUCUUUCAACCCAGGAUCUUAAAGCGUCUCCCAGAGGGAGGCAAGUAUCAUGCCCCUUUCGUGUGGGGAAACUGAGGCACAGACUAGCAGCAACGUCUAUGUGAGUCAGUGGGAAAAGUCAGGAUAGAUCUCAGGAGUCCUGACUCCCUCUUAUGUUCUGAUCACUUUCAUUAGGUGUAUUACGGUAGCACCUAGGCACCCCAGCCGUGGAUCGGGACCCCAUUGUGCUGGGCGCUGCACAGAUACAGAACAAAGAGACGCUCCCUGCCCCCCAGAGCUCACUGGACAAUGCUCUCUCCUAACAGGCAAUUCUUUGGCCUUUUUUUUCCUCAUGUGGUUUUUGUUUUUAAGAAGUCGAUCUGAAAAUCGAAUUGGCUUCUCCCUGCGCUGCGGGGGUGGCUUGGUACAUUAAAAAGCACCACAGACGUCUUCUGUUCUCCUGCUUCCUGGGGCCUAUUCUGCAGCAGCCCACUGGUGAGGUGACACCUUCCUAUUUGCAUUACAUUUGACGCUUCAUUUAAAAGAGAUGUAUGUUAGCGACCACACAUAGUAACAAGGAAAAGGGUGGUGGUCUCUGUGAGGCAUUCCGGGGCCUGAGCAUGGGCUUAAUUGUAAAUAUGGGAGCAGUCCCAUUUGAAAUCAGGGCUUCAAGUUAAGCACAGGUCUAAGUGCUUUGCUGGAUCAGA